AGCGAAUCCGAUUUCUUCUCCAGUGGGCGGCUGUGGAGGACCACCAAAGCAAGGAUGGGAGAACGAGGCCUUGGAAUCAAGACUGACACAUUCAAGCAUGCGUGGGAAGGUGCAGAUAAGGAUUCGUUUCCUCAGUUAUGUGAGUCCUGCCUGGGAGAAGAUCCGUACGUGCGCAUGAUGAAGGAAGUGCAUGCCAAGGUGUGCAAGACAUGCGACCGCCCAUUCACCGUUUUUCGGUGGAAGCCGGGCAAGAAAGCCCGGUACAAGAAAACCGAGAUUUGCCAGACAUGCGCCAAGCUCAAAAACGUGUGCCAGACGUGCGUGUUGGACUUGCAAUACCAUCUCCCUGUCCAGGUGCGCGAUGCGUUCUUGGCCGAAUCUGAACGCCAGAUCGUCCCCGAAAGUGAAGCGAAUCGUGAAUGGUUUGCCCAACAACAUAACGCAAUGCUUGAAGAACAAGGCAUCGUGUCUGCAUAUGGAAAGGCAUCGGCGCCAAGUCAAGCCUUGCUGCGCAUGGCUCGUGUGGAUCCGUGCUACAAGCGCAACCGACCGCAUCUGUGCUCGUUCUACGCCCGAGGCGAAUGCAAGCGCGGCCAAACUUGCCCGUACCUUCAUGAAAUGCCCACAGCCAAGAACAAUCCAUUGGCGAAGCAGAAUAUCCAGGAUCGAUUUCACGGCCGCAACGACCCCGUCGCCGAGAAGAUUUUGACUCAGCAUGGCCACGCAGACAAACUCAUCAUCAACAGACGACGACGCGGAAUCCCGCCCCCACCACCGCCGCCGCCAUCGGCUAAGGAAGUGGCUCUUCCGGCGCAAAUUCCACCGCCUCCACCUGGUCCGCCUCCUGCGUCGUAAGAGUUCCGCCACCGGCACGAGCUAUAACGAUACAUGCAAGCAACUUGUCGUUGGUGGGACGCAAUCUCGCUGGAUGACCUUUACAUCACGGAAUGGAUUGUCGUCCAUAUCAUGCGCUGCCAGCAGCCCAUUUCUGUGGUGGCUGCAGCGCAUGUACCUUUGGGACCUGCUGCUUGGCACGGAGUGCUCAACAUGCGGUUGACAGGGCGGGCGAGAUGGAUUUGGAAUGCUCCAAGAGCAACCCUUCAGCAGGAUGAUGUCAUAUCGUGCGCAACAUCGUGGCGAGGCAACCCACGACCUUGCAUCCACGUCGUUGAGCCUCGGCACGACAAGAACCCAACAUGACCAUAGUACGAUGCAUCGUUAAGGAGCUUACUUCUUCACAACAUCCCACCCCAUUGCGACGAGGUGGAUCGGAGCAAACAUGGAGCUCACAAAGUCCGUGGACGUCAAUGCACCAGCGCCCCCUGCACCCGCAACCACGUGAAGCGGCAUCAAGUGCUCUUCACGAGGAUGGCAGUCGCGCGCAUUUGGCAUCGAUUCCCAUGCCUUGAGCGCAGCCCCGCGGCCCGCCACGUCCGGGAUGCCACACGCCUCGACGAGCGCGUCGCUGAACACCUUGGACUUUUGGAAGAUGUUGCCUUGGCCGUGGAAUGAGUGGUACGACAUGCCGCUGCCGACAAUGGCGAUGUUCUGGUCGCGCAACGGGGCCAGCGCCUCACCGAUGCGAAAGUGGAGGUCCGGGUCGGAUCCGCGCACGACGCUCACCUGGACGAUCGGGAUGUCUGCGGCGGGGUGGAUGAGCUUCAUCGGGACGAACACGCCAUGAUCCCACUCGCGCGCCGCGUCGAGUUUGGACGGAAUGUUCUGGGCAUUCAAGAGGUCAUGGAUCUGGCGGGCAAUAGCGGGCGACCCAGGGGCGUUGUACGUGAGUGCGUACGCCUCCGCAGGGAAGCCGCUGUAAUCGAAUAGAAGCUUGUGCGACGCCCCCGACGAUAUGGCCACGGUCGACGAUUCCCAGUGGGCCGUCACCAGGACGAUCGCGCUGGGCUUGGUGUCGUGGCCGUGGAGACCAAGCCACUGGGGCGCGGUUUGCUCCAAGAAGGUCCGCGCGGUCCCGUGGUCGGGGUCCGUCACCGGUCGGAGGAUAGGCAGUGGGCCUGCACCAUGAUUGACAAAGAUCGCGGGGGCACGGCGGCAGACGGAAGCGGCCAUGAUGUAUGCGAGGUAGAAGAGGGAUUGAAGAAUGACGAGGUGCGGUCGACCCGUCAUGGUGCACUCACAACUUCCAUGAGGACAUUCCUCC